AUGAACAACCUUCCCUUUGUCAGCAUCCGAACCGCCUGCACCGUCUCCCUUGGCCGUCCAAAACAGUCCACUCCCCCCACCGGAGAAGGAAACUCCCCGAACAAGAAGCGCAAAACCACCCACGAACCCGAAGUGGAACAAACCGUGGUGGAGAUGUCAGACGAGGAGAGUGAAGCCUACGAAGAACCGCAAGGGGAGACGUGA